CGUUAAAACAGCCCCACCGCGCUCCCUGUCCGCGCCGCGGGUGCGAGGCAGCCCUGCCCUCGCCGCACGCACCCGCCGGGCUGCUCCUCCGGCCCUUUCCCCGACCCGGCCCCGGCCUGGCCGCACGGAGCUGUCUACCCACGGCGGGUGCUGAACUGCCCGACGCGGCAGCGGUGGCCGGAGUCCUCCCGGCCUCUGCCCGGCGACCGGAGCCGAGGUAGGAGGCGGCGGGCGCCGCGGAGGAUGGGGGAAGCCGGCGGCGACCCCGCGCCGGCCGCCUGAGCCCGCCCGCGCCCCGCACACAAAGCCUGGCAGCGGCCAUGGAAGAGGAACUGAAGUGCCCGGUGUGCGGCUCGCUCUUCCGGGAGCCCAUCAUCCUGCCCUGCUCGCACAAUGUCUGCCUGCCCUGCGCCCGCACCAUCGCCGUGCAGACCCCAGAGAGCGAGCAGCACCUCCCGGCCCUGCUUCACCCGCGGAGCCCCGCGCCGGCCGCCGCCGCCGCGCCGGGGCCGGGAGCGGCCGCGGGCUCCGCCGCCUGCCCGGACUCGGAGUGCGCGGCGGGCGGCGGCGGCGGCGGGGACCACGCGGACAAGCUGAGCCUGCACAGCGAGACCGACAGCGGGUACGGCUCCUACACCCCCAGCCUGAAGUCCCCCAACGGUGUGCGGGUGCUGCCACUAGUGCCGGCGCCCCCGGGAGCGGCGGCUGCAGCUCCGCGGGGAGCCGGCCCCGCCAGCUCGUCCCUCACCUGCCCGCAGUGCCACAGGAGCGCCUCCCUGGACCAGCGCGGCCUCCGCGGCUUCCAGCGCAACCGGCUGCUGGAGGCCAUCGUGCAGCGCUACCAGCAGGGCCGCGCCGCCGCCGCGGCCGCCGCCAAGUGCCAGCUCUGCGACCGCAGCCCGCCCGAGCCGGCAGCGGUGCUGUGCGAGCAGUGCGAGGUGCUGUACUGCGCUGCCUGCCAGCUCCGCUGCCACCCGGCCCGCGGGCCCUUCGCCAAGCACCGCCUGGUCCCGCCGCCCUCACACCCGGGCGCCCCCGGCGGUGGCGGCGACGGCGGGAAGGGGGCGGGCGGCGGCCGCAAGCUGCCGACGUGCGCCGAGCACGACCUGGAGAACUACAGCAUGUACUGCGUGAGCUGCCGCAGCCCCGUGUGCUACCAGUGCCUGGAGGAGGGCAAGCACGGCAAGCACGACGUCAAACCCUUGGGCGCAAUGUGGAAGCAACACAAGGCACAGCUCUCUCAGGCUUUAAAUGGUGUUUCAGAUAAAGCAAAGGAAGCAAAAGAAUUUCUGGUCCAGCUGAAAAAUUUAUUGCAGCAGAUCCAGGAGAAUGGGUUGGAUUAUGAAGCCUGCCUUGUUGCUCAGUGUGAUGCCUUGGUUGAUGCGUUAACACGACAGAAAGCAAAACUGCUCACAAAGGUGACCAAAGAACGUGAGCACAAGCUGAAGGUUGUCUGGGACCAGAUAAAUCACUGUACUCUGAAGCUACGCCAGUCAACGGGGCUUAUGGAGUACUGCCUAGAAGUUAUCAAAGAAAAUGAUCCCUCUGGGUUUUUACAGAUUUCAGAUGCUUUAAUCAAGCGUGUUCAGGUAUCUCAGGAACAGUGGGUCAAAGGAGCCUUGGAGCCAAAAGUGUCUGCUGAGUUUGACUUGACUCUGGAUAGUGAACCUUUGCUGCAGUCAAUUCACCAGCUGGAUUUUAUUCAGAUGAAAUGUAGGGUUCCUGUUACAGUGCCACCCGUCCCAUUACUGCAGCUGGAGAAGUGUUGCACCAGAAACAACAGUGUGACAUUGGCCUGGAGGAUGCCACCCUUGACCCACAACCCGGUGGAGGGUUAUAUCUUGGAACUUGAUGAUGGAGAUGGAGGCCAAUUCCGAGAAGUAUAUGUUGGCAAGGAGACUCUCUGCACCAUCGAUGGCCUUCAUUUCAACAGUACCUAUAAUGCAAGAGUCAAAGCUUUCAACUCAUCGGGAGUUGGUCCUUACAGCAAGAUGGUUAUUUUACAGACGUCAGAUGUGGCAUGGUUCACCUUCGACCCCUCCUCAGCUCACAGAGACAUAGUGCUGUCGAACGACAACCAGACUGCCACCUGCAACAGCUAUGAUGACCGGGUUGUUCUUGGCACAGCAGCCUUCUCCAAGGGUGUGCAUUACUGGGAACUGCAUGUGGAUAGGUAUGACAACCAUCCAGAUCCAGCCUUUGGCAUUGCCAGGAUUAACGUUGUCAAGGACAUGAUGCUAGGCAAGGACGACAAGGCAUGGGCUAUGUAUGUUGACAACAACCGCAGCUGGUUCAUGCAUUGCAAUUCUCACACCAAUAGGACUGAAGGAGGAGUUUCUAAAGGUGCCACUGUUGGUGUUCUCCUGGAUCUGAACAAGCACAACCUGACCUUUUACAUAAAUGGGCAGCAGCAAGGGCCUCCAGCAUUUGAAAACAUUGAAGGUGUCUUCAUGCCUGCGCUGAGCCUCAAUCGAAACGUCCAGGUGACCCUACACACAGGACUGGAAGUACCACAAUGUGUGAAACAGCCCAAGCAGCCCAACAACUAAUGAAAUCCCUGCCUGACCUUGACCUGGAUUCUGUAAGCUUUCUCAGUGUGAUUUGGCACUUUUUAGUAAGUCAGUAAAAAAAAGCAUUCUCUUCCCUGACUUAAAAUACUGUACAGCAUGUUGCUCACUGAAUAACCCACUGGUUACAGCUAGCCCACUCCAUUUUUAAUUUAACAGCCAUAGCAAGCAUACCCACUGAACUGGCACUCGAUUGCAGAUGGGUACCUGAACAUAUCUACACUGCAUUGCAUACAUAUGUACACAUAUGUGCACACACACAUGUGCAUUACAAAGCAAAAGGUUAAAUAGGUGUAUUUCCUCUCUUAUGGCUGUAUUUGUGCUUAGAAGAUAUUAGAGAUGCUGGAAAAAAUGUGUAAGACUAACCUGAGGGUUGAUGGCUGUUGGAGCAAUUUGCCAGUAGGUGAACUGGAUUCUCUUGCCACCUGAAGUCCUUAAAUCAAGAAAGAAUAUGUUUUGACAGCUGAAGUGGAGGUUGUGUGCUCAAGAAUUCCUGGUUGUUCAUUACAUUCAGGGGCUCAGAUGACCAUUAAUUAUUCCUUCUGCCUCUAGACUGCAGUUAGCCAUGGGAUAACAUCCCCCUAUGAUUCAGUGGCAGAACUUAUCGUCUUCAACAAGAAUAAGCUUGGUUUCCAAACACUGCCAUGUAAUAGUAGUGCUCAUUUUAGCUAACACCAUGAUACAUGCAGAAUUCAGACACAAAAAGUAGAGAGAAAAAUAUCCUUGAUGCAUUUUAGUGUUUGAUAUUUAGGUGUGAUAGUGGAGACUAUCACAUACAGGCGCUCUCAUCAUGGUUAUAAGCACAACUCUCAAAAAACAUUGCAGGGUCUUUCAAUUGAAUUGAUAAGAGAUGUACUUUAAUACAGCAUGUGCAAGGUGUCCCAUGUAGAGAAAUGCUACUUUCUAGCCUUGAUAAGCCCUGGGCAACUGUAGUUCUAAUGUAGCUUUGAGAUCACAAGCCUUAAUUUUCUAUUAGAUUAGUGCGAGCUAAUUAAUAUCUUGCUUAAUGAAGCACUUGAGUGAGACAGAUUCACAGCAUUAUUGUGAAAUGUGUCCCUAAGAAUCUUUUUGCACUGGGGCGUAAAUCUUUUGCAAGACUUGCCUGUGUCUGGAUCUCCCAUGAAAACAAGCAGCCGUUUUAGGUGCUGCCCAUGAAAACUGGAGGCUGACUGACAGGAACAUUUCCCCCAGCCAUGGCAUUGUUACCCGCGUGCUGUUGUCAGAUAACACACUGAUUGUGUGUGUGCUUUUCCUCUAAACCCAGCUAACAUAUGUAAGCAAAGGAGGAGGGAAGCAGCCCAGAAUGAAACAGUCCCAGCCUAUUGCACAGGCAAAAAGCAGUCUGCCAUCGUGCUGCAUGUAGCUAACCAAGCAUCCUGUAGCCCACCUCUCCUGCAGAAAGCAGUGUACCUUCAGUGAUGUCAAGACUGAAAGAGGAAAUAUACCCAUGAUGGGAAAAAAUAACAUAAGCUUUUAAGUGGGAAAGAAACGGUACUUUCUUCAAAGACUGGAACAGAUUGUAUUGGUAAACUUGUAGACAUUGGAAUAACUGUGCUGUGCUCAUCUUGGUUUCUUGAAGAAUAGCAGAGAUUGACUGUGUUGUGAUGUUCAGUUUUGUUUAGUACCAUAUGAACUUGUGCAGGAUUUUCUGAUUAGUGGGUCUGUUUUAACCUACCUCAGCUAGAACGCUACCAGACCCUGAAUUUCCUCAAGUGUGCUCAUCUAUGAACAUAAGAGUUGUAAUCAUAGCAUUGGCUUUGAGUAUUGUAAGUCAGAGCGGUAUAUGGGAAUACUGUACAUAACUUGCACAUAGAUUUUUAUAUUGGGAAACAUCCCAUGAUAAUUUUAAUGCAAAAGGCACUCCACUUUCACUGGUAUUAAAACCAAAAAGACACUGUUAGGUUUGGGACAGAACCUGUGUCUUUACUCCCAACUUCUGUGAAGAAAACUCAAAUGAAUCUUUCCAAUGUUCAACCAUUGCCAGAUGUUUAAAAUUAAUUCUGAAUGGGUUUCAGAAAUAUUUGCAGUACUUGGUUUUGGUUUUCAUAGUUGCUUUGGUGUCAGUUCCUGGUAUGUUAUACCUUGGGGAGAACACAGUGAGUCAUACAGGUUACUAAUUCCUAGUGGAAGUAUGGACAGUAGGGAGAGACAUGUUUCAGAGCUGUGGAGAAGCUCAUUUGUUAUCCUGUACAUGUUUAUAAAAGUAGGGUGCAGACUAGCUACCAUGAGUCUUCUUUGAACCUAGGAGAAAUGCACUUAAAAUAAAAGGAGUGCAUUUAGAAGUAGGUAACCUGCAUUAGUAAGAAUAAUUUAGCCCACGUCAAAAACCAAACAAAGUGGUUGUAUGUGUUAGUUGUGUGCACAUUCAAGGACUUGGGUUUGACGUGGCUCAUAGCAAUAAGCUAAUUAUCCCAAUAGAGUGUAGUCUCAUGACUUCAGCUGGAUACAUUUUGACAGUUUGCUUAAAAGAAAUAAUGUUCAAGUAGUUAGAAUUAUGCUAGGAAACUAAUGACUCCACACAUGAAUAUGUAUGCAGAGCAUCCAGAUGGUGUUGGCCAUCUGAACAUAAGCAGAGUAGGAUUUUCUUUUUGUGGAACAGCAUCUAGUGGAAGAACUGGUGCACUCCCACCUGUGCUCAGGUUGGAGGUAGUUUGCUUCUCUGCAGGUAACUUCCCAGAGGUGUCUCUCCUUAUAAACCCAGCAGUUUGCAUGCUCUUCAUCUACAGCAUCUCUUGCGCCAGUUUUUGUUUCCUCCAAGUCCCUUCUUUAGGAGGGACUCGGCCUUUCACACCAUGGUCCUUGCAGGAACUGUGUUGCUGACUGUCGAGGGAGAACCCAGGGGCCUGAAGAGUGGCAUAGAUCCCCAGGGGGAGCACUUUGGAUGUUCUUGCUUGCUUUUGAUUCCUUGGAGUAUUUGUGCAGCUCUUUGGGACUCCAAGAUCUUCUGUCACCUUGUCCUGCACAGAGCUGCCUUUCAUGGGACUUCUGCUCCUAAACGCCAGGCUGUUCCUGAGAAGCCGGAGAGCAGAGCCUUUUGCACUGCAGUGAUUCCCAACAACUGUGGUACAAAGCCCACAUAAGGUAGCUGUAAAUUGACUUAAUGUUUAAAAACAAAAAACCCAAACCACAAACAAAAAAGUCCUUUUCUAAUAAACAUAACAUUUGACUUCUGCAUACACCAAUCUGGAAUCCCUGCAGAGCUGCUAAAUAAAUACAGCAGGCAAACUUUCUGUCUGGCAAAGCAACAAGGGACUCUUAGUUUUUAUCGACCCCCUGGUCCCCAAUCUUAGCCUUCAUGAACCUUCUUCCUGGCUCUUUCUGCUGCCAAUUUCUCUGCUAAUUUUAGUGGGAACAAUCAGAAGAUGUGUGCCACAGGAGCACUGUCAGAUUUCCCAAGGUGUGCAAUCCUACACUACUUCUGCUCCCUUCUUUUCCCUCGUCAACUCAGAAAGAGCUCACAAGAUGAUCUCUUACUACAAGACUUGAUGUAAAUAUGAGCACAAGCCUAGCUGACAGUCCCUUACUACUGCUGUGGAAAGGUAUGCGCUGUAAAACAGGUGUCAGUGAGGAGAGUACCACACUGUGAUGUAUCAUGAAUUUGGAAAGCAAUUUGGCUUCUAAAAACACAGAAAAGGCAGGCAAACAGCAUUGUGACCUCUUAUACUUGCCUAUUCAGUUAAGAUACGUAAGGGAAAAUAUAUAGGACUAAAAAAAAAAAAAACCCAAACCCCCAAACAAAAACGUAAGCUUGUGUAGAUCAGUUUAAGAGGAAAAGUAUUAAAUGUAAUUUAUUAUAUGCAUAAUGUUCCAUAAUGUUCCAUCAUGUUGUAAAUAAUGCUAUGAUAGUGUAUUGCCGUAGUUUGUUCUUGGCUGGUGAUAGAGUUCUGUCAUAGUGCUGUGUUUUAUAUAUAUAUUUUCUUUCCCCCACCCGAAGUCUAGUUAGUAAGGAUGCCAGAGAGCACCCGAUACUCUGGUUUCUGAGUUGUUCUAGAGCAAGGAGAAAUGUGAGAUGCAGCUUUUUGUUUCCUUACAUAAUAAUAUUUCUUAAAUGAGGUAAGAGAGAGAUGAGAUCAAGGCUAAGCUGCCACUACUACCGUAUGAAAAACAUUCUGAUUGCAACUGCCAACAAGAGGUGAUGCAUUUCUGGACCAAAAUUCCAAUUACUCCUGUGAGAAGGGGUGCAAAGUACCAACAAUCUGGUAGCUUUCUGGUGCCAUCUAGUACAUUCUUUGCUCACAAAUGGAAAGAUGAGGAAAGAGAGUCAUUAGACCUAAUUAGACCAGCUUUGCAGCAUUCUGCUUUAAUAGCAAAGUCAGGGAUUCAACUUUGAACCAGGCAAGAUAAUAUGAAAACCCCAAGCAUCUUGGCUAGAUCAGCUUUGGAAGGGAGAUUACAGUUUCAAGUCCAACAGGUUAUGGUAACAAGUCAACCACACUGCAGGUGUUAAAGGGCACUUGACACUGAGAAUUACCAAGCAAAGAUGGAGAGUCUUUCUUUUUUUUUUUUUUCUAAUGAAAAACUGAGCUGCUUCUGGUUUUUACUGACAACAUUUCUGGUGGUUCCCCUGCCCAGCACUAUUGAACACUGCACACACACACACACAACUGGCUGGAGUAACAGCCUGAAGCACAAAUCCAUCAUAACUAAGACACACUUGUUCUUCUUACAUGCAGAAGCCCAUAUGCAAGCCACAGAGACUCGAUGCCUGGGGCUUCCGCGUCUUUGCACAAUAGAGGGGAUAAGUGUGUGUUUUAGUGACAGAGGCACUCAGCAGCAUUUUCCCCUUCUGUUAAAAGUGACCUUUUUGUUACAUUUGUUAUUGCAGACGGAUCCAAGCAGAAUUCAUUACAGAAUUAUUCUUAAUGCUAAUUGGAGAUUUCUGACAUUUUCCUAUGAAACAGUAGAUAGAAGUAUUCCUGGAUCCUGAUUGCGUUCCUUCAUCCUUCAGCUCCCUUAAAUGUUGUCAAUAAAAACACUAACUUUUCUAGGUAGCAUGGUGAGAAGAAUUAUGUGAUGAAUAUUAAAAAUAAAUGCAUGAGGUAAACCUGCUGUUAUUUCUGAUUGUUACAUGAAGCAUGAAUAACACUAAUUUAAAUGUUGGCAACCAAAAAUGCGCAAAGGAAUAAGAUAACGGUGUUUACUUCUGGUUAAACGAAAGAUGAGAAGUUGUUCCUGUGUUUUAACCACAACAUUUCUUUCUUUAUCAUCAUUUCCCAUUGCUUAUAUGAAUUUGGAGCUGGUGAAAUAUACAUCUCUGCUGUAUGUGUCUGUCACCAGAUCAAGAGGAAAAUACAAACUUUUUAUAAUUUUGUACCUGCAGCAAACGUUUGUAUUUUUUGAAUUAGAAACAAACUGCUUUUUGUCUUUUGGUCCAACUAAAACUUUGUGUACUGUUAUUAUUAUUAUUACCCUUUUGGAAAACCUGACCUAUGAGUUUAUGCUGUUUUACAGUUUCUAAAUAAAUUCUUAUAACAUUGCCAACAAA